GUACGUUUGCAUUUUUGCACCAACGCUUCGAAAUCUGCUUGGUCGUGGAUGGCGGCCACGCAGCGCUGCCCACAAUGCAGGGCUUUGCUGCACCUCAAGGCUAUGGCAUGCCCGGCAUGCCUGGCAUGCAGGGAUACGCGCCCCAGAUGGCGAGUAUGGGCCCCAUGGCUCCAAUGGGCCGCCCGAUGGCCCCGAUGGGCCAAAUGGGCGGGCAGAUGGCCCCGAUGGGCAUGCAACCCAUGAGUCAAAUGCACGGCGCACCUAUGCAGGCGAAUCAGUGCCAGCAAAUGCAAAUGCAGCAGAUGCACCAACAGCAGAUGCAGCAGCAAUUGCAGCAACAGAUGCAGCAGCAGCAGAUGCAGCAGCAUUUGCAGCAACAGCAGCAAAUGCAACAGAUUCAGUUGCAGCAGCAGCAGUUGCAGCAACAGCAAUUGGAGCAAAUGCAAAUGCAACAAAUGGCGCAGGCCAACACAAUGCAGAUCAUGCAGCAGAUGCAGGCGCCAUGGCCGAUGCCGCAGUCAGACACCGUGAUCCCCGGGCAACUCGCACUGCCAUCCACGGCAUCCACGGAGCCAGAGCCCGCUGCGCCGCCGGCUGCGGCUGCGCCGGCGCCGGCUGACGCGAAGCCGAAGUCCGUGGAUGAAGCGUUGAUCAAGGCAUUGGAUGCGCAGGUGGCAGAUCCGGCAAGCUCGCAGCCAAGUCAGCCGCCACCACCGGAGAUCUCAGAAAAACCGAUGCCAGAAGCGCCACCGAAAGACACCCCAGUGAACGGUGCAGUGCCACCGCCGCCACCACCAGUGGCCCCACAAGCGCAACAAGCGCAACAAGCGCAAGUUGCAGGGCAGGCACCACAAGCGCUGCAAGCAGCUCCACCGGCACCAGUAUCAUUGGCCCAAGCAGCACAACAAUCGCAAGUUCCUGCCCAGCCAAUGCCACAAGCAUCGAUGCACAUGGCCCCGCCACCAGUAUCAACCGCCCCAGCACAAGCACAACAAGCGCCAGUCGCUACACAACAAGCGCAACUUGCGGCACAACAAGCGGCACAACAAUUACAACAACCACAAGUUGCCACACAACAAGCACAGCCAGCGCAACAAGCGCAACAAGCACAAGUUGCAUCACAACAAUUGCCACAAACAGCCCCACCAUCAACAGCCCAAGCACCAGCCCUGCAACCUGCCGCUCCACGGGAGUCAGGGCAAAGCGUGACACCUUCGCCAGCAGAGGUCAUAAGCAAUGGGACUCCAGCGGUUCCAACGAUUCCAGAGCCAGUGAAAGCAGUUGUUCCACCUUGGCAGCAGUCUUUGCCUCCGCCACCGCCACCAAAGGUAAAGACACCUCAGCCAACUCCGGAAUUGCCGGAGAAGGCGAAGGGUUUGCUGACGGCCGAGGAAAUUGAGGAGGUGAUCACUAAGCUGCAAAAGGCCCGGAUAGAACUAGAUCAGGUCGCUACCCAGGCCUUAGCGACUCUGUCUCCCGACCGCGCUUUGGCUCUGCUGCAUUACGUAGCAGACAACCAUUCUGUGGUGGGCGAUGCCUCGCAAUAUGUCGCUCAGUCGGUCGGGCGAUCGCCAGGAGCUGGGCAGGAUGGGACGGCAGGCGGAAUUGAUGGUGCCACGAUGGAAAGGCUUCUGAGCAAAGCUCAAAGAGUUGGUUUGUCAUUGACCAGUGAAGCUCUUGUGGCUUUGUCAGGCCUUCCGCCACAGCAUGCUGCGGAACUCCUCGAGUUUGUCCUUGAGAAAUCUGGGGAGCUUCCAGAUCCUUCAAGGUAUGUGGUAUCCGUGGUGUCCAGGGGCUUCAAGCCGGGCUCACACCACGUUGAUGUGAAGGUUGGAGGAUGGCAGAAAGUGCAAGAGCUGGGCAUCCAAUUGGAAGAUCAAGCCAGACAGGCACUGGCAAGUCUUCCUCACGAACAUGCUGAGGAACUCCUUGAGUAUGUGUGUGAGCACCACAAGAACUUGAGGAAUCCAUCUGGUUACAUCGUCAGCACCGUGGCUCGCGGCUUUGUCCCACGGGCACGUGGCAAGGGCAAGGGCGCCAAAGGCGAGCCAGGUGAGAAAGGUGGCAGCAAAGGGAAUCACUGGCAUGCUGGAAACAUGAAUCCUAAUCUUACGCCGCUAGACCUGACACCGCUCGAGAGGCGGUGUUUGCAGAUCAACAGCAACUUGCCCGGCCAUCAACGGAUCGACGUCCCAACCUAUCUGAGUUUGCGAUGUUUGCCAGCGUGGCAAGCGGGGGAGGUGCUGGAUCUCUUGGAAGCGCGAGAUCCAUCGGAGGUAGGCAGCAUUUGCAGCUACUUGAAGACUGCGGUCUCGACGAUCCAAGGAAAAAAUCCAGAGUCGAAAGAUGGUGCGAAGCGGCAAAGAAUCGGCUGAAAAAGCAGCCGGCCCCUGGGUACUGGGGGAGGAACAUGG